AUGGGGAGUGAAAACUUGACACCUAAAAAGGUCAUCACUACAUUAUCUUUAUUCCUAAGGGUCAUAAUAGAACAAAUUUGGUAUCAUUUUGAAAUAUACCCAAAAGAAUCAUUCAGGCCGUACACAUUCUAUGGCUUCAGAGUAUUUUCUUCAAGACAUCCAGGAGUUAUUUCCUACCUCGAUCAACUUGAGCUACAGCUACAAAAGUUAAUGGAAAGAGGCAUACUUGUGAGAGUCUUCUUGGAAAUUUACGAAAACAAAAAAAGAAAAUACUCCUUCGGUUUCAGCUUUAAAAGUUCCCUUCUUUUUGAGCAACUUGAAAAUGAUACUCAGUUUGUGAAAUUUGAUGCUUCAACUGACAUCUUUAAUACGUUUACUUUGGUAAAUGAACUCAAAAGCUUAUUAUUUUCUAUCAUCAAUGUCUAUUCCGGGCUAUCCAUUGCUCCUUCAGAACAAAGUGACAGCUUUAAGGUACUCAUAUCAUCGUCGGACGAUGUCCACCUUUCAACAGAUGGUAACUGGAUACUAGAGAAAUUUUCGCCUAACCAACCUACAAUAUCAGUGACAGAUGAAAAGUUCAGGGACAUUGAUUUCCAGCCACUGCAAGAUGUUAACCUUGGUUACUUAAACAUUAAAAGCUAUUUAGCGGUCCAUUCCAACUAG